UACCGCAAACAGUGGACGUGCUAUUCAGACAAUAUGGAUUCAGCAGUAAAAUUAGCUGUCCAAAUUACGAUCAUAAUAUAUACAGCACACGGUCAGGAAGAUUUUUUAUCAGAUGUCUGCCGCACGCCAAAGCAAGAAAAGGGUCAGUGUAAAUUGCUAUCUCAAUGCGCAGAGCUUAUACCACUCAUACAAACUGAUCGGUUCACUUUAAUGAAGUACCAUUGUGGAUGGGUGAAAAAAGAUCCUAAGGUGUGCUGUCCUGGAUUGGCCACUACAACCACAACCACUACUACUACUGUUUUGCCUGACGUAUUAAGAGUCUACCCUACGUGUCGCACAAUACAGGGAAAAUGGAAAUAUGGUUCAUGCGUUCCUUUAAAAUCGUGUGAUGCAAUACAACAAUUAUUAUUUAUCACGAAAUAUAUAGAUUGGCAAGAUGUUGAAGAGAUAAGAUGCAGCAGCCUAGAUAUGAUUAAUGUAUGCUGUGACCAGCGAGAAAUAAUUAUGAGGUAUGAUGACGUAUGUGAACCGUCGGAGUUUCCACCAAAUCCACAACAAUCGACCCUUGAGAGACCAUGUUGUGGGAUAGAAGUUCUCGCCGGAAACAAAAUUCUGGGUGGUCAAGACGCAAAUAUCUAUCAGUAUCCUUGGCUAGCUUUAAUCAAGUCUACUAAAGACCCGGGGUACCGUUGUGGAGGAUCUUUAAUAAGUAACAGAUAUGUUCUGACAGCAGCGCACUGCGUCUACGAGCCGCAUUCAUUUCAACAUCUGUAUGUUAUUCUCGGAGAAUACAACACUACAAAUAGUGGACCUGAUUGUGUGCAACUGUCGAAGGAUGAGAAACAAUGCACGGAUGGUGCCGUCCAAAUACCUAUUGCAAAUUAUUUCGUCUACCCAGAACACGAAGCACUCUCCCGAAACCAUAUAGUCCAGCCCCACGACAUUGCCUUGUUUAGACUUGCUGAGAUGGUUGAUUUUACCGAUUUUAUCAGGCCCAUCUGUUUGCCUACAUUAGACGUAAGCAAAUCUCCAAAAAACCAGCUGAAAUUCUUCGCGGCCGGAUGGGGAGCUGUGAACCUGACAUCAAUUAGAAGUGACAUUAAGCAGCAUGUUAGCUUGCCGUUUGUGAGUCGUAAGCUAUGUAAAUCAACAUACUACAAUACAAUAUGGGAACACCAUAUCUGUGCUGGAAAUAGAUCAAAUGAAGACACGUGCAAGGGUGAUUCUGGUGGGCCUUUGAUGCAUCUACGAAACAACAUCCAAGAGCUAGUCGGCAUAACAAGCUUUGGGUUAAUGCAAUGCGGUACUCAAGGAAAGCCUAGUGUUUACACUAAGGUUUAUGAUUAUCUGGGGUGGAUCAAUGAAACUAUUAGGAAUUAUAAAUAAAAAGAAGAGACUACAGACGUCCACCCCCGCAUUUGAGUCUUAAGGUCCUGGAGAAGCAAAGCGCGGCGAUAGUUCGAGCAAAUAAACGCGCGCGAUUUGUAAUGCAGGGAACUAUGAAGCAGACCACACUGGAGGGCGUUAUGGCAAGAUCGCGCGGCUACCGCAGACUCCUAGAGUCUGUCAGAAAGUGUAGAAUAGUAACCAAUUUGAAAAAAUGACUUUGACUUUGUCUAGCAAAAGCUCAGAG